AAACAUAUCAAUUCAUUAUCCCAAACACACUUAAUGGAAGUUUUUGUGUCCACAAAACAAAAUGACGAAACUCUAACAUUAUCAUAACUUAUCUAUCACAAACAUCACUUUCCUAUAUGAGUGAUAAUAGUCAAAUUUCAAAGCUUUCACAAGAAGGCUUUGAAUUAGUCUCCAAUGGCUUCCUUCCUAUGCAAUUUUGCUUCCAACCAAUUUCUUUAAAUCCUAUCCAUCUUCUACAUCAUUACUACACACCACAAUCCUUUUCAACUUCAUCACUCACUCUAAAAUGCUAUCCUCCAAACUCCAUCGCACCUCCACUGCUGCCGAACUAGUUCUCAGCAACGACGAUCUCUUCGUCGAAAUACUUCUCCGUUUACCCAUCCGAUCCCUUCUCCGAUUCAAAUCCGUUUCCAAACGAUGGCUUUCCAUAAUUUCAAAUCCCAAUUUCUCUCACCGUCGAACCAUUUCUCAUCAUCACAAUCCCACUCCUUCAGGUAUCUUUUUCCCCCGUCUAAACUCUAAAUCCCCUUCAUUUGAUUUCGUCAAUUUCACCACAAGUCCAUCUAGACCUCCCUUCGAAUCUCUCAAUUUCCCCGACGAGAAACACGAAUUUCUAAUCCUCCAAUCCUGUAACGGCUUAUUCUUAUGCAGCAGUAACAAUGGAAACUACUCGAUAAGAGAUUAUUACAUUCAUAAUCCAACAACGAACCACCUCACAAAGCUUCCCGAGCUUCAAGAAGGAAGAGUUUUCGGUCUCAAUUUAGCAUUUGAUCCUCUACGAUCAUCAGAUUACAAAGUGAUUUGCAUUCGGUACUCCGAAGCCUUCCUGAAUGCCUACCAAAUCGAUAUGUAUUCCUCUGUAACCGGCCCUUGGAGGCGCGUCCAAGGCCUGUUUUCCGCUCCACUCAGUAUGAGAUUCGAUUGCGGAGUGUACUGGAACAACGCUGUUCAUUGGAUCAGCACAUUGGAAAACAGUCUUUACUUCGAUCUAUGUGAAGAGAAACUCCAUGAAUUACCAAUGCCUAGAGUUCCCUACGGACUGGAAGAGAGAAGGGUGGAGUAUUUUGGGAAUUGUGGUGGGAAUCUUCAUUUGAUUGAAGUUUAUGAAGCAGAAAUGGAGUUGAAUGUUUAUCAAAUGCAAGACAAUCAUUCAGGUUGGUUUGUGAAGUAUCGUGUUGAUCUUCGUGGCGUCUCUGUUGGGUUUCCGGAAAUGAUUCCAUCUGUAAUGGAUGUGGACAUGGGUUUCUUCCCCAAAUUCUCGGUGGCGGCCAUUGUUGAAGGAAUUGAUCAGGAAGCGUACGUUGUUUUGGAGGUUGAGGGGAAAAUAGUGAGAGUGAAUGUUGAGAGUGGAAGGUUUGAGAGGUUGGGGCAGAUUGAAAAUGAUGGAAGAACUUCAGAAGUACCAAUCACUGUUGGGUUUGGACGGAUUGAUGCAUUUUUGUACAUUGAGAAUCUUGCAUGUGUUUAAUUAAAAAACACAUCUAAUCUAAUAACAAAAGGGAAAAACAACACAAAAUGCAUCACUUCCUCCUCCUCUUCCACCACUAAUUUAAUACAAUAAUACUCGCAUACUAUACAUAUUGAUAUGAAA